CCCACCCCCCACAAAACGCUGCCCUUGCCGCCACCACCAAGCACUGACGCCGACCACCAACCAGUGCCUCCGCUCACCACCAACAGUGACGGCACCCACCAUCCGGUGCUUCUCUCCCCACACGCUACUCUUUCUCUCUCACCUUCCGCCCGCCACAACUCACACCUUCCGUCUCCGCCCAUCGCCGGCACCGAACGCACCAGCGACACCCUCCCACCACGGCACCAGCUCGGACACCCACCUCCACCCAUUUCACCUCCCCCCAUUUACCUAAAAUUUUCCCACGCUUCUCUCUCUAGGCGACACCCACUGAACGACGCCACCAACCACCAGCCAGUUCCGCCCACCAUCUCCGCCGAACGCCACCCGUGUCACACCACCGUGCGAUUCCCACCAAGUUGAAGGAGUUGCAGUGAAUACAAGAGGAGGAAGAUGACGCCGGGGAGUAGGCUGCCGACUUGGAAGGAGAGGGAGAACAACAAGAAGAGGGAGUAGGCUUCCUCUUCAACCGCCCCACCAAUGCUCUAAAACUUCCAAACCCCUCAAUUGCCAAACACACCUACAUGCCCUUUACACAUGUCUCACUUCAAAACCUUCAUUUCCCACCACUUCCACACCCUCUUUAAACCCCAAAACCCUCUCCACCGUUCUCACAUCACCAAUUCUUGCUUUUCACACAAUUCUCUUCCACUUUCGUCACUCUUUUACGGCACCCAAACAGCUUCAAUCCAAAUCGAGGACCCAAUCAAACCUGAAAAGGGGAAUGGGAAGCAAGCAAACAAGAAGCCAUUGGAUGUUAUGUUCAAAGAAGCUGUGAGUGUGAGUUUAUGCGAAAAUGCUGAAAGCAGCGAAAGCGAAGGAGAAAACAGUGCAUUGAAGAGCAGGUUGAGGGAAUUGGAGAGCGAGGUGAGACGGCUGAAAGCGAAUUCAAGAGUGGGAAAUAAGGGAUUGAAGAAAAGUAAGGGUAAGGGUUUAUAUGCAGUGUUUAUGAAUCAAGAUGGUUGCAAGGAAGGGUGUGAGGAGAGGGGGGAAGAGCCGGAAGAGAUUGUGGAAGAGAAGGGAUUGAAGGAAAGUAAGGGUAAGGGUUUAUAUGGAGCGUUUACAAACCAAGAGGGUUGCGAGGAAGGGUGCGAUGAGAGGGGGGAAGAGCCGGAAGAGAGCGUGGAAAAUAAGGGAUUGAAGAAAAGUAAGGGCAAGAGUUUACAUGCUACGUUUACGAAUCAAGAGGCUUGCAAGGAAGGGUGCGAGGAGAGGAGGAGGGAAGAGCCAGAGGUUUUUAAAGAGCUCUUGCCAGAUAUGGAAGUGUUUGUGAGUCAUUUGUACAGGGAAGGGUACUUUAACAAUGCAAAUUUCUUGCGGGCGAAUAAGUUGGAAUUUGAUUAUUUUGAGAGUCAUUAUGGCCGGGGUUAUGUGAGGUUUGCGGCCGAGAAGUUUGGCAAGGACCAUCAAGAAAUUGCAAAAUGGUUGUCAGGCAGUGACUUGAAAAAGAUAGCCCUCUUUGGUUGUCCUUCUCUUGAAAAAAAGAAUGUUUUUGCUGCUAAAAGACUGCGAAAGUUUUUUGAGAUUCAGGAAAACACUGUUUGUAGCAAAUGUGUCCUAAAACAAUCAUGCAAGUUUGUGAAUCAGAGUGUGUGGACAGGUGACACCAAGAAUUUAAAUUUGGCUGUUGUUAUGAGAGUUAUCAUUUUGUAUGCUUUGGAAUGGGUGCCUGCAGGGCUAGCAGUGCCCAUUGAUAUAAAGGAUUCUGUUAGCAAACUGCUGAAGGAGGUUUUGAAGCUAAGUCGAAGCACGGCAUGAGAGCAUGCUAUCAUACUUUCAGGAUUCGCACGUCGAACCGGUAAUGAUGAGCAGAAUUAACAGGGGUGAAGCUUCUUCUGGGGAUUAAAGAAAUUAAUAUGGUGAGCAUGCCCUUGUCCAAAUAUUCCUUUUUGAAGAUGAUAUGUGACGGCCGAUGGUCUAGUUGUUUUUGGAAUUUUGGAAUUUUGUUUUUGAACAUUUUGUCUGCAAAAGAAGCAAUUGAUCUUUUGGACUAUUAAUUAAUACUUGAGGUCUCAAGGUUGCAGACAUUAUUUGCCCUGUGUUAUGUAAAUUAAUAUUUGGGGUUGUGAUCCUUCCAUCAUAUGGAUCCAGAAUUUUUGAGAUUUAAAGUUAAAAAGGAUGCAGAAUACUUGGAUGAAGCAGUAAUAAUCUGA